GCCCUUGGAAACCCAUCCGGGGGAAAUCGAGACGCGGGGUUAUAAAUACGCACAUAACGACUUGCAUAUGAUCUUGCGAGAUCGGCACAUCUACCUCCGUUGCACGUUGUCCUUUGUUGUUGCUUCAAAAAUCGAAGGCAUAAGCUGAACAAGGCCAAAAUACCUGAAAGAUGGGCUCUCAUCAAAUAGAAGAGGUAGAUGUCCUGCUCGUCGGGGCUGGAUUCGCUUCCUUUACCCUGCUAAAUCGACUCCGCAAGCUCGGAUACUCUGUGCGUAUCUUCGAAAAAGGUGCUGCCAGUGGAGGCAUCUGGUACUGGAAUUGCUACCCAGGCGCUCGUGUCGACACUGACACACCUAUCUACCAACUUUUCGACAAGGAAUUAUGGGAAGACUUCACCUUCCACGAACGGUACGCCGGCUGGAAAGAACUCCGGCGAUACUUUGACCACGUCGAGAAGAAAUGGCACGUUCGAGACUACACCUCCUUCAACAAGAACGUCGACAGCGCCGCCUUUGACGAAGACCGGCAACAAUGGCUCAUCGAAUGCGCGGACGGCACUGAGAUCUACGCACGCUGGUUCCUGCCGUGUAUCGGCUUCGCAAGCAAACGAUAUACACCACCCUUCCCUGGUCUGGGUAACUUCCGAGGCGACAUUUACCACACAGCCGUCUGGCCCCAGCACGGCGUCAACCUCAAAGGUAAGCGUGUUGCCGUUGUCGGCACAGGCGCUUCUGGCAUUCAAUGCAUUCAAGAGCUGGGCGAUAUAACGAAGGAAAUGACGAUCUACAUGCGCACACCAAACAUGUGUCUGCCCAUGAACCAACGACAACUCGACGAGAAAGAGGAAGAAGAAAAGAAGAAGAACGGCUGGUACGAGCAACAAAUUGAAGCCACACGCCACACCUUCGCCGGCUUCACAUACGACUUCGUCCAGCGCAAGACCUUCGACGACACCCCCGAAGAGCGCGAGAAGUUCUACCACGAGCUCAUGGUCGAAAAGGGCGGUUUCAACUUCUGGCUCGCCACAUACAAGGACAUGCUCUUCGACCUUAAAGCCAAUGAAGAAGCCUACAACUUCUGGCGCAAACAGAUCCUAAAACGACUCAAGGACCCUGAAAAGCAAGCGCUGUUCGCGCCCGAGGUCCCGCCUCACCCAUGGGGCACGAAGCGUCCAUCCCUCGAACAGCGGUUUUACGAAGUUGUCGACCAGCCGCACGUCAAGGUCGUCGACGUCAAUAAAGCGCCCAUCGAGGAAGUCACGGCCACCGGCCUCAAGACGAGCCAGGGCCAAGUCGAUGUCGACGUCAUCAUUCUGGCGACAGGCUUCGACAGCGUCACUGGAUCCCUAGCCCAGCUGAAUAUCCAGGGGACCAAGGGCGGGACUAUAGCCGAUCACUGGAAAGAUGGUACAAAAACGGCAAUGGGAAUCGCCAUGCCCGAGUUUCCUAACAUGUUCUUCCUUUAUGGUCCGCAGGCGCCUACCGCGUUCAGUUCGGGACCAAGUUGUACGCAGUUCCAGGCUGAGUGGGUGGAGAAGGCGUUUAAGAUAAUCAAGGAGAAGGGUAUCACGAGACUGGAGGCCACCCAGGAGAGUGAAGAUGACUGGUGUAGACGUUUGAGAGAGGAGUGGGAUGCUACGUUGUUUCCUAUGGCGAAGAGUUGGUAUCAGGGUGCCAAUAUCCCUGGACGGAAGGUUGAGCCUUUGAAUUGGGCUGGUGGCAUGGUUGAAUAUGUGGGUACCCUGAAUCGGAGUCUGGAGAAUGAUUUGCAGGGCUGGAAGGUUGAGACUGGCAAGUCAUAAACUCGACUCCUGUUAGCCUGUAGCAUGAUGGUUGGCGACGCGUAUACUGCUCCGCUCAGUGUAAGGCAGUUGAUGGGACAGAUUAGCGAUUGAUCUACAUCGCAGGUCAGAAAAAGACAAGACAAGAUGGGAUAAGACGGCGCGCUGGUUUGGUGUACCUCAGGACGAAAGUAUUGCAAUGUGACUGAGUCAUGAAAUGGUGAAGAGGGACUUGGUAUCACAGUUACCCUAUAUCCUCGAAAUCGAAAAGACUGUUCGCAUUUAUGGGUUAGCCUUAUUCGAAUGGUAAAUAUUGACUGUCUGCCUCC